UUUGACAUUUUAAUCUUUGAUUAUUAAAAUUGGUGUCUGUCUUUCGGUCUUAUAUCCAUUUAUAUAUAUUUCCAGCACAGGUACUACUGGGCAUUUAAUCUUGGUUCAUUAUUCCUCUUGUUUCCUGCGAUUGUUGAUGCUACCAGCUUGUCGUGUUCCUUUUACAGCCGGGAGACAACUCGUUGAUUAGUCAUAGAUAGAAGCUUGCAUCCUGCUGAUUUAUUGACUCGAAGCUUCAUCUACCUAAGGGAUGGAUUUCAUGGAGACCAAGAGACGAAGCAACUUGACUAGGAAAAUUCUCUUGGCUGCUGGAAUCGCCGCUCUCCUCAUUUUCAUGCUUAAGAGAUCGUCUAAUUCUAGUACUUCUAUCAAGUUCUCUCAGCACGAGCCUGGUGUAACACACGUCUUAGUAACUGGGGGAGCAGGCUAUAUAGGUUCACACGCUGUUCUCCGGCUUCUGAAAGACUCGUAUCGUGUGACUAUUGUGGACAACCUUUCUCGUGGGAACAUGGGAGCGGUUAAAGUCCUGCAGGGACUAUAUCCAGAGCCGGGACGACUUCAGUUUAUAUAUGCUGAUCUGGGAGAUGCAGCAGCUGUAAACAAAAUAUUUUCAGAGAAUGCUUUUGAUGCGGUUAUGCAUUUUGCUGCUGUUGCAUACGUCGGUGAAAGCACAGCUGAACCCCUAAGGUACUACCACAACAUUACUUCAAACACCCUGUUACUUGUGAAGGCAAUGGCAGCACAUGGUGUCAAAACCUUGAUAUAUUCGAGUACUUGUGCAACGUAUGGGGAGCCCGACAAGAUGCCAAUCACAGAAGAGACUCCUCAGGUACCAAUCAAUCCGUAUGGCAAAGCCAAGAAAAUGGCAGAAGAUAUUAUAAAGGACUUCUCUAAGACAUCAGACAUGGCUGUCAUGAUCUUAAGGUACUUCAAUGUGAUUGGCUCCGACCCUGAGGGAAGGCUCGGAGAAGCUCCACGACCAGAAUUGCGAGAGCAAGGAAGAAUAUCAGGUGCUUGUUUUGAUGCAGCCAGGGGAAUAAUUCCAGGGCUAAAGAUACGAGGAACUGAUUACAGCACGCGCGAUGGAACUUGCAUAAGAGACUAUAUAGACGUCACCGAUCUGAUAGAUGCGCACGUGAAAGCUUUAGCCCAUGCCAAGCCCGGUGAAGUCGGCAUCUACAACGUCGGCACAGGGAAAGGUAGUUCAGUAAAGGAAUUCGUGGAGGCGUGCAAGAGAGCAACCGGCGUGGACAUAAAGGUGGACUACCUGGACCGACGACCGGGUGACUAUGCCGAAGUUUACAGCGAUCCCUCCAAGAUUUGGAACCAACUCAACUGGAAAGCAAAGUAUACGAAUCUUGAAGAAAGUUUGAGUGUAGCAUGGAGAUGGCAGAAGGCACACAGAAAUGGUUACAAUUAGUUGUUUUUCUUCUCCUGUAGAGUCACUGAGAUAUCACAGAGAGUCGUUCUAAGGGAAAUGGUUUUGCUGCAACAUAGUACAGCUUGUGCAACACACUUGUGAGAAAAUUAUGUAUGUUUAUGCUGAAUAUAGAAGAAUACAUGAAAAUGGUUCAUUUU